ACUUAGAGGAAGCACUUGCUCUCUUGGAUAUUCUUGCACCAUAACUCAGAAAUAAAAAGCAAAACGGUUUAACAAAAGAUCUGGGCAUUUCUUAGGCAAGUGGAUUAUUGAAUUUGCUGCAGGUAGCCAUAGGCAGAAAAUCUAUGGCUGCUUGUUUCAUUAAUACUACUGGCAUGAAAAUUCUGUAACUGCUUAGAAAAAAAGAGCUGAAAUGGAUUUACAAAACAUUCCCUAUCGCUCAGUGGUGGUUGCUUGGAGCCCAGAUGACCUGGCAGACUACUUCAAAAAAUUAAAGUAUAAGGACUGUGAAAAAGUCGUCAGAAAACACAGCAUAAGUGGACAAAGAUUUUUGAACAUGUCUGAAAAUGAUAUUCAGAAAUUUCCCAAACUGAGUGUGCCAAUUCUAAGUAAGUUAAGUCAAGAAAUCAAUAGGAACGAGGGAAGAAUAAGUUUCUUCCCAAAACGGACCCAGACGCAGAAGUUUGCUGACAAUACAGGAUGCUGUCAAGAAGAGGAAGAAGGCUGGUCUUCAUUUGAAGAAGAAGAUGAUUAUGAAAGCCCAGAUGAGGAACAGGAACAAGACGCCGACUAUGAAUCACCAACUGAUGAACCAGGACAUGACAGUGAUGAUUAUGAACCUCCUCCAUCCAACAAUGAUGUAGCACCCCAUAAUGUCAUAUUUCCUGCCAAGUCAAUUCCAAGCAACACUGAGUACAUAGAUAGACCCACAACUGCUAGACCAUCUCCCCAGCCUCCUAUUCCACCACAGCGACCUGGCCCAUCCCCUGUACCAGCAGCAUAUCCGGGUAGAGGCACUCCUAUGUCACCUUACCCUCCUCCAUCAAGCAAUAAUGAUAUGAAUAGAGAUAAAAGUGCCAAGUCUUUAAAACCCCCAGCUCCUUCUAUAGACAGACGUACAAAACCCACACUGGAUCGUCCUGGGCCAACGUUUGAAAGAGACAGCCCAGCAGCAGGGAAGAGGGCAGUGUUUCCUGACAAGCCCAUGGCACCACAACUAAGAUCUCUGGGAGAACAGUUAGCAAAGAUACAAAAGCCUCCCAUACCACCAGCCGAUAAACAUGAAAGAGGCAAUACAGUCCCUGGAAGGAAGCCACCACCCGUAAAGCAAGGUUGGGCACCAGAAAGAAGAUAUGAUGAAGAUGAUGAGUCAAUCCCCCAGAGACCAGCACCGCAGCUAUCUUUGCCCCCCUUCAGCUCCAACACAUUCCCUUCAAGGUCUGUCAAGCCACCACCUAAACACAGUCCUUCAGGAUCCAACAGUAUGCCUGGAUCAUAUGCAGAAAGUACUAACAGCCUUUCUUCAAGUGGAUCACUACCACCACGCUUUCAGCUAGGUAACAUCAAUAGAGCUCCUUCAAAAGGCCCAGCAGAUGGCAGACCUCCAUUACCAAUUCCUAACAGGCAGAUUGUGCAGCCACCAAGCAUGGAGGAAGACGAGUUUCAAGAUUCACUGAAUGAAGAGUGGUAUGUUGCAGACAUCAGCCGGCAGGAAGCAGAAGCAGCUCUUAGGAAUAUAAAUAAGGACGGGACAUUCUUGGUGAGAGACAGCUCAAGAAAAACGAAUACACAUCCAUACGUACUGAUGGUAUUAUACAAAGAUAAAGUAUAUAAUAUUCAGAUUCGUUACCAGGAGCAAAAUCAAGUGUACUUGUUAGGAACUGGCCUGAAAGGAAAAGAGGAUUUUUCUUCAGUGGCAGAUAUUAUUGAUUACUUUCAAAGAACACCCCUUCUGCUGAUUGAUGGAAAAGACCGAGGUUCAAGAAACCAAUGCAAGUUAACAUAUGCUGCAGGAUCUACUUAGAAGAAAGCUUAAUGUCUGGGAUCAAUGGUCUACAAGAGCAUACAAACCUCAUGAUAUUUCCAUUUGUAUUCAAUGAACUGAAAUUAUGAAUUAAAUUUUUUUUAUUUUAAUGAAAAAAUAUAAUUCUCUCAUUUUAAAGUGUGUUUUUAAAAAACAGAUUUGCAAAAUACUUUCUACAAUGUAUUUAUUACUCUACAUUGUUCAUACACUGCCAUGAAAACUCUUCAUGUGAGUGACGUCAUUUUUCAACAUCCAUCUCGCAUGUGAAGUGUUCUCCAUUCCAUAUUAUAGGAUUACAUGUGGUUUACAUAGCAGAGAAUUACGUUGCUUUCUUAUAAAGCAAAACUAUGCAAACUAUUGUUCAUGUCAAGGUUAUGGUACCAAUUACAUUAAGCUGCAAACUGAAAUCAAUUAAUAUCUGUAUAAUGCUUGUACAGUACAGAGUAACUUCUAGUGACUGUUAUCCGUAUUGAAAGAUUGUAUUGUUUACUUUGAUAUAUUUUAUGUAAGUUGAUACAAAAUUAGAAAAAUCUUGUGUAAAUUGAGUCAAUAAAAAUGCCAUAUGUCACAGUC